AUGCGCGGCAGCCGUGUUAGUGAGACGGCUCUGGUGGGUACCUCCUCCUCCUCCUCCUCCUCUCUCCCCGUCUCUUCCUCGCCCCCCUCAUUCCAACUGCGCCCCCCCACCCCGAGACCCCCGCCCCGACAGAAGCCCCCCCCCAGCCCCGCCGCGCGUCCCCUCAGAAGGCCGCCUCGUCUUGCCCUCCCCUCCCCCCGUGCAAUAGACGGAGCCUGAUUGGGCCGCUCUCGGCUGCCCCGCCCCCUUUCCUCCUGGGGAGGGGGAGGGGAGACAAAAGGCCCCGGCGGGGGGGGGUGUCGUUGAGGGAGGGGGCGCCGCCGCCUGAGGUGAGGCUGGUCUGGUCUCCCCCUGAGGGGAGAAAGGGAAAGGCAGCCCGCCCAGCCCCCUGAAGGGGCCUUCUGGGGAGGGGCCCCCUCGAAAGAGUGGGGGGGGGGGGCGUUGCUGGGUGUGAAUAUUGGGGGGGGGGGGAGGCUGGUGGUGUGUGUUUUUUCCCCUGAGGGGAGAUAUGGAAGCGCCGCCUUGGUUUUUUCUGUCAGCUGGGGCGGGGCUCCUCGGAGGGGGAGGGGAGCAUCCAGGGGGAGGGGAGGGAGGGAGGGAGGGAGCGACGUUGUAGGCCUUGGAGAGAGAGAGAGAGAGAGAGUGAGUGUGUGUGCAAGAUGACUGUUUGUGCAGGGAGAGGGAGGUGGGGAGCCAGGGAGGGGGUGGGGGUGAAUGAGAGAGGGAGGGAGGGAGGGAGAGAGAGAGAGAGAGAGAGAGAGAGAGAAAGGGAGCUUAGUGCUGUUGGCCUAAGAGGGACUGGCUUGUGUGUGUGUGUGUGUGUGUGUGUGUGUGUGCAAGAUCGUUGUAAGCCAGAAAAUAGCUUACAACAAGAUGACUGUUUCCGCGGGGAGAGGGAGGUGGGGAGCCAGGGAAGGGGGUGGUGUGUGUGUGUGUGCAUGAGAAAGUGUUGUUGGCCUUGGAGGGUUUCUCUCUCUCUCUGUGUGUGUGUGUGUGUGUGAGUGUGUAGGAUGACUGCUUGCUUCUGCCUGGCAAGGGAGGGUGGGGGUUGGGGAAGGUUGGUUAGGAGCAUCCCUGGGAGGGGAAGCUGUGUGUGUGUGUGUGUGUGUGAGAGAGAGAGAGAGAGAGAGAGAGAGAAAUGCUGCCCUGUGUGCUUAGAAAGACUGCUUGUUUUUGCAUGGCACAGAGGGGGUGGGAGGCUCUUGGUCAGUGUGCUUUUGGGGGGGGGGGGUUGCAGUGGAAGAGGGAUUCUUUCUCCAUGCAGCUUCCAUGUCCAGAAGGAUGUGCUUAUUUUUGUAUAAUGGGGGUUCCGAAGGACAAGGAAAGGGUGGUUAUGUCCUCAGUGUUCUGCUUUGAUGGGAGACUCAUCUCUUGGGACCGUUCUUGCGGAAGUGCACGUUGCCCAGAUGUGCAGGCCUGAGGAGUUGCAGCUAACAUCCCUUUUUGAGACAGGCUGGGUUCUUAUGCAGAGGCAGGAUCUCAAGGCUGGGAAUAAACAGCCUCUUAAUUUGAAAACUGUCACUAAUAUAGAGUUUUUUUCUGGACCCUUAACUAACCAGCAGGAUGGAAUCCCCUUUGAACAAUUUGUCUUCUCCCAGGACAGCCUUCCUCACCUUGGUGCCCUCCGAAGUAUUUUAGAGUACAUAUGAAUAUUCUGGUUGGGGCUGAUUAGAGUUUUAGUUCAUAAUAUAUCAAUGGCACCAGGUUGGGGAAAGUUGUUUUAGGUUGACCAGAUGGAAAGCAAGACCUGGAUUUUUUAUUUAUUUAUUUAUUUAUUUAUUUAUUUAUUUGCUUGCUUGUUGACUUAUUUAAGUGAAUUAGUUUGGGAUCCAUCCAUUGGAUGCAGAGUGGCUUAGAAUUCUUUAAAAUAAUUACGGUAAUUUAUAUAACACUUUUCUGCCAAUAUUCUUAAUGGUUCUUUCCCACCCCCCGCAAAAAAAAAAGUUCACAGCAAAUACAUUCAUCCUAAUAGACAAAAUACUAUUAAAAAUGGGAUUUGGGGGAGGAGGGGAAAAUUAAUUCACUUACAAAUCCUUAGGCAAUGUUACACAUUUUCUACAGUCACAUAUGGAAUAGCCACUGCAGGGAUGUGCAUGGGGACGAGAGAUGGCAAAUGACUUGAGCUGAAAUGAUGGAGCGGACCUUGGUGUCUCUUCUCUUCCCCAGAUGCAGCCAAGUUGCAUAGAAGGGAGAGUUGUGGCAGGUGCAGCUGUCAUGUAAUAAGGAAGAAAUCUGCACCUACUGAAAUUAUCUCUUUUACCAAGUAUUCCAGGUAAAUGAGUUUUGUUGUCUUUGCUCAUGGUUACUUCUCUGUUUUCUUCCUCUCUGUAUUUCUGCUUCUUUUCAAGAACCGAAACCCCUGAACAGCAAGAGUAACAAAGGAAAAUGGGAUGCUUUUAGUAAGAUCCAUCUUAGGCCAGGACACUACAUGCUUCUGUGUCCAAACACACCAGGUGAAGAGCAGUGGAAUAGACAAUACAAGACUGGGUGAACCAUUGGUAUGGCUCAGGGGUUCUCUGCAGGUUUUUUGUUUUGUUUUUAAGAAUCUAUCUAAAAAAAUCAUAUUAAAAUACUUAGUUUAUUUCUCUGCAUGCAUUUCUAAACAUUUUAUCUUAAAAUAGUACUUUUAAAAUGCAUUUUGGUGUCAUUAUUUUUUUGAGCUAAAGACUAUUGCAAAAUUGGCAGAAGUGCAAAUCCAGAAGAUAAUAGCAUUUACAUCAGUGUACUAGUCUCAGAGGUGAGAAUUAGAUCAGAUGGCUUUAAAAAAAGCAGGCGCCUUCUGUGCCAAGUUUUUUAAGCCUGCUGGAAACUUUUCUGUUUCACCAGGCCUAUGCAGGCAAAUAGGAGUACAUGCCCCGCAAUGGGCUAUUGAUCUUUGUUUUUAACUUUUUCGUUUUUAACUUUCUAUUAUUUUGUGCUUUUCUUGUAUAGUUUUAGUCCUUUUUUUACUGUUGUAAACCGCUGUGAUAAAGCGGCACAUCAAUAAACAAAACUAGAAUUCCUAGUGGGCAUUAAAAGCAUUUUGGUGUAAAAUGUAGUUAGUAGUGUAUAGAAAACUAAGGGCGGUGAGUGUGUAUGUGAGAACCAGUCCUAAGGAUUCCACAAACGAAGCAUUUGCCAACCUGGUGCCCUCCAUAUGUUUUGGACUACAACUCCUGUCUGCCCCAGUCAGCAUCCAGUUUGGUAAAGCCUGCAUUAAUGCAGCUCUAAGAUGCACUUUUGAGGUGGCUUAUAAGCACAAACUCAAAUGUAAAACCUGUAAUAUUGAUAUAAUAAUUUGGUAUCUCACAGGGACUUGUAGCUCAAUGACCAAGCAUCUGAUCUGCAUGCAGAAGGUUGCAGUUCAACCCUCAGCACCUGCAGGUAGGGCAAGGAGAGACUGCUGCCUGAAACUCCGCUGGUUGUUGAAGGUGGUCCUGAGUUAGAUGGACCUGUAUGGGCUGACGCUGUAGAAUGCGGUUUCCUGCAUUCCUAACUUGCUUGUGCUUUUGGGGCGGAGCAGACAGCAAGCCAAAAUAGAUGGACUAUACUGAUCGUUCUUCUCUCCUUUUGUAACCAGCUUCAGCGUUUCAACAUGGAGCCCCGGCAGCCGGUGCCUUCGCAGCCCGAACAGAAUUUUGUCCGAGAUGCCAAGCAGAACAUGGCCGAGCUCUCUCUGUGGACGGUGGUGGCUGCGAUCCAAGCCGUGGAGAGGAAGGUGGAUUCUCACGCCACACGGCUGCUGAACCUGGAACGGCGGAUGGUGACCAACGAAAAGAAAUACGUGGACUGUGAGAAUGCCGUGGUGGACUUUGGCAACCAGAUGGAGUGCAAGUUGACGGCACUGGGGACGCUGAUCCAAGAGUACGGGCUGCUGCAGAGGAGGCUAGAGAACAUGGAGAACCUGCUGAAGAACCAGAACUUCUGGAUCCUGAGGCUCCCUCCAGGCUCCAAAGGGGAAACCCCCAAGGUAAGGAUACUUGGGGACACUCUAUUCCCUCCCCCUUUUACAGCAUUGUGAAAAGCUCCUCAGACUUGGAGAUGUGUUGCUAUUAAAGGCUGCCUUCCAGAUCAUCAGCCAGCAAAACUUUUGUUAAGUAGAAAGGUUAACUCUUUCAGGCUGCCGGUGUGCCACAAACAACUAGCUCAUGAGCCCAAAGUCUUGAAAACUCGGUUGAGAUAAGAACUAUACUUGGCUCUGGUGGAGAUGGUGAACUGUGCUUGAAGGCUGUCAAAGGAUGGAGGAAUUCUCACCAGAGAGAAGAGAAGUGUGUGGUUCUGUGGAUGGCCCCCAAUAUGCAGUCCACAGUAAAGAAGCGAACAGUGUCAAAAUCUGCACAAGAUUAUAGUUAUGCCCGCCACAGGGAGGCUAGUAUGGCGUCUGUAUUUAUUUUUAAGGCUUGCCUUGUGUGACAGCAGAGCAUUGAGGUUUGCUAGGCCUUGAUUCUCACUACUUUGCGGCUUCGAUCCUUGCAUUAUUUUUUAGGUUGCCGUUUUGAGUUCUUGUUUUUAAUUUACCUUAUUCUAGAUAACUUCAGGCAAAACUCCAUUACUGUUGAGUGUUAGGUGGGAGGAUUUGUGGAGGGCUUUUUUUUGGGGGGGGGGGGGGAGAGACACCAACAUAGUUUGAGUGUUUCCUUAGCUCAUCCGGCAUGCUUAGAUGCUGUUUGCCUGACAUUAUUGGAAUAGUUGAGAAAUGCAUUAUUUGCUCUUCUAAACUAGUGGAGAAACUUGUUUUCUGUUCAGCUAGUGCAUCCCCCAAGCUCUGGAAAUUAUGGACACAUCUUUUCUUAUUGUCCUUUUCCUCUAACCUCCAUGGACGAAUAGAGUAGUGUGGUCCAGCUAUGCCUGUUGGGAUUCUCAGGUACCCCAGAGAAUCGUUGUGAGAGCUGUUAAAUAGCAUAGAGAGUCCUUAAGUAACUGCAGUAGCUCACCAAAGAGGAUAAAAGGCUGAUGCCUGCCUCUGGACAUGCCCCCUUCCCACCCAAACUUCUAGGGUAAGAUGCCAAAUGAGCUUUAUGAAUAUCUUACCCUUAAUCUUCAUGAAGCCAUGGGUUAAUCGCUGCAAUAUAUACAAUACUUGAAAAAGUGAAUAUAAGUGGAUACCAGCUUUGGGGAUCUGGGAGACAGAUCUGCGUGCAGGGAUAUCUCAGCAAAAAAUGGAAAGCCCUUUGGAACAAGAAGCUAUUUAAGACUGCAAAGAUAUAUGAGCAUGUCUAAAAAUGCAUAAUAUUCUUGGUACUUUGCACCCCAGAAGCGUCAAUCCAAAUGUUGGAGGAAAGAUUGUUCAGGAUUAGGUACAUGUAUCCAUAUGUGAUGGGGGUUGUAAGAAAAUUAAGAUGAAGUAUUCUCGGAACGUGGUGAAGUAGUUGACAAGUUGACCUUCUUGGGCAUUCUUAACAACUUUUGAUGGAAAGAACGAGAUGGUACCAUUUAAAGAUAUGCUGCCUUUUUAUUUGUGGCUGCAAGACAGGUAAUUGCAAAAUAUUGGAAAAGUAAAAAUGGAUGUUCAGCACAAGAAUAGUAUUGUUACGUUUGGCAAAAUGCUUUGGCAGAGAAACUGACUAAACAGAUCUGAGCUUCAAGGUUGCCUGAAUCUGAGGGUGACUUUGCAGUACAGUGGUAUAGUUUUAUUCCAUGAGCUAAUAGAUAAGGUGCUUUCGAGCUGCUAGGUUGGCAGGAGCAGGGACCGAGCAACGGGCGCUCACCCCAUCGUGGGGAUUCGAGCCGCCAACCUUCUGAUCGGCAAGUCCUAGGCUCUGUGGUUUAACCCACAGCGUGCAAGUAGAUGAAUAGGUACCGCUCUGGCGGGAAGGUAAAAGGUGUUUCCGUGUGCUGCUCUGGUUCGCCAGAAGCGGCUUAGUUCUGCUGGCCACAUGACCCGGAAGCUGCACGCCAGCUCCCUUGGCCAGUAAAGCGAGACGAGCACCGCAACCCCAGAGUCGUCCGCGACUGGACCUAAUGGUCAGGGGUCCCUUUACCUUUAAUAGACAAGGUGGUCUUCGGAGUCCACCAUCCACACUUGGGACUCUAUGGACUGGUCCAGUGUGAUAGAUAAAAGAUACUCCUUUUAUACGCCGGAAACUCAGAUUGCUUUCCGCCUACAUUUAUAUUGCAAAAACAACAUCUUAAAUUUUUUUAAUUUAAUACCUAUGUGUGGGAAAGGUGUCAGUACAGUGCAGUUUCCUUUCGAGGGUAAUGAUGGGUUUGGAGGCACUGAUGAAGUUGAGCUGCCAGCUGCCCCCAAAGUGACUUUCACAUCAGUUAAGACUUAACAGACUGAUUAAGACUAACCAGCCAAAUCUCUAAAAGGAGGUAGCAAAGAGGUGUCUUAAGCCCUAUUGCUUCAAUUGCACUGGGGGCACAACUUUCAGUGGCUCUGGGCAGAAUGCAGGAAUGGAAUUGCCGUCAUGUUCCCGGUCAGCCAUUCCUCUGAUAUCCACUACAGUACAGGCAAUGUUUUGCUACCUGAAACAAUGAUACUUCAUUAGAUAGGAUCAUUGCCCUGACUUGAGAUAGAUGCUGUCCCUGGAAAUGUUCCAUUUCCGUUCUUGAAAGCCUGGUGGAUCCGGGUUUGGAUUUGGGCGGGAGGGGUCUUCUUUGGGUGGGUCGCUUCUGGGUUGAUCAUCCCAAGAGAACUCGGCUUCUGCUCUCAGUAUCAAUGGUGCAAAUUUGCUUAUAGGUUGUGCUUUGAAUUUGGUUUUGUGUAGAACUUUGAAAUGUUUGUCAAAGAGCAAUGUGGGGUCAGCAGGUAGGUCAUGACAUACCUGCCCUGUGGAGACCUGAGCCUUUUGCCAAUGCUCCCUGAUUAUUACCAAGCAUAAUGUCCAUAACCAUGAGGACUAGAAACUUCACCUGAAAAGUACAGCCUGGUAAUUGAGGUUCUACUCAGGAUAACUAGGUUCCAUGUGUACUACAUAGGGCAGAGGGUGAUGACAAGAGACAGACCCAGGCAACGUUGUAUGUGUCAGCUGUGAAACCCACUUUCAAACUCUGCUCCCCCUUGGCUUGUUUUUUUUUUUGGGGGGGCUCCUGUUGUUGUUUCUUCAGUUUCUAUACUUCCCUUCAUCAUAGUAUCACAGGGCAGUUUACAAUGUAAAAGCACAAAAAUACAUACCACAGUAACAAACAAAAACAGUUACCCCCCCCACACAGUUUAAAAGACCAUAGAUAGGUUAAUUAUCCAAAGGCCUGGGAGAAGAGGAAUGUUUUUGCCUCACGCCUAAAUGUAUGUGAUGAAGAUGCCAGGUGAGCCUAGGAAGGGCAUUCCACAAAUGGAGCUACUGCAGAAAAGGCCCCGCUCCAGACCUCUUACAGAGGAGGCACAUGAAGAAGGGCCUCAGAUAAUGAGCUCAUGGUCUGGGUAGGUUCAUAUGGGGAGAGACGGAACUUGCGGUACUGUUGUCCUCAGCUUCUUAAGGCUUUAUAGGUCAAGACCAGCACUUUUGAAUUGGGCCCAGAAAUUAAUUGGUAGCCGGGUCAGGCUCAGUGUUAUAUGCUCACACCGUCUUGCCCUGGUGAACAACCUGGCUGCUGAAUUUUGUACUAGCUGAACCAUCUUCAGAGGCAGCCCCACGUAUUACGCGUUGCAGUAAUCUAUCCUAGAGGCUAGCAGAGCAUAGGCAACAGAAGUUAGGCUAUACCUGUUCAUAUUGAGGUACAGCUGAUGGCGCUCUGUGCCACUGAGGCCACCUGAGCCUCAAGCAACAGCAGUGGAUUCAGAAGUACCCCCAAGCUGCAUACCUGCUCCUUCAGAAGGUGUGUAACCCCAUCAAGAGCAGGUGACCUCCCAUCCAUUCGGUCUAGGGAACCGCCCAUCAACAGUGCUUCAGUCUUAUCUAGGUUGAGCUUCAGUUUGUAGGCUCUCGUCCAUUUAGUUACUGAGGCAAGACUGCCACACCUGCAGAUGGAAAGGAGUAGAGCUUUGUGUCAUCAGCAUAAAUGAGGAGUGGUUUUGCCAGUGCCUCUUUCGAGCAGGCAGGGACUACCCCCUCUUGCAUUAAUCACCUCCCUGGCCCAAUCAGCUGUCCCUCCCUGCUAGUCUUCAGCCAAGAGGGGCAAGGGUCCAGAGCACAGGUGGUCGCCCUGACGGAUCCGAGCACUUUGCCCACGUCCUUGAGCCUUACUAACUGAAACUCAUCCAAUAUAAUAGGACUAGACAGUGCUCUAGGUAACUCUUGAGAUUCAUCUGCUGUAACAGUGGAGUCAGGGUCCCAGCGGAUGCAAGCGAUUUUAUUCUCAAAAUGAUUUGCAAAUAAGCCACAGCGAGCUGCCAUCAGUUCUGUCACCACCUUUGGGCCAGACGGUAAAAGGUUCUUAGGCACUACUUAAAUUAUUAUAUAUUGAAGUGCCACCUUUUUGCUCAGAGCUUUACAGAGUAACAGACAGGCAGUGGAAAUGGAGCUAUUGCAUUGAAUCUGGUAGUUGCUAGAUUGCUUCUUAAAAGCUAAACUCAACAAAGUUUCUAGGUGGAGAUAUUUAUCUGUCUGUAUCUGGAUUGGAUUUGAAAUUGCUUUUAUAUAUGCAGGUGUAUUGCAUAUGGUGUUAUUGUAUUGUGAAAUCACUUUGAGAUUUUUCAUGGGAACUCUAUACGUAUGUUAAAUAAAUAAUAGGAGUUUGCUUCAUACCGUUUUUUUCCUUCAAAUCUCUAAAUGUUGGUCGGGGAGGGGAGCAUAGGAAUAGCUGGUGAGUCUGCUUGCUGUGGGGAGCGAUAGGCUGUGCUCCCUUUCAGCUUCUCUAGACCAGAGCAGUAACAUUCUGGCCCUGCAAAAGGUGAUGGAUUUGGAGGGAAAAGGGACACAGGUAAGUGCCAGGCAAUCGCCCUAGAAGGUCUAAGUCUGCGACUGCUGUGAUUCCAGGUGCCGGUGACCUUUGAGGACAACUCCGUCUACUUCUCGGAGCAGGAAUGGGGGAACCUGGAUGAAUGGCAGAAGGACCUCUACAAAAACAUGAUGAAGAGCAACUACGAGUCGUUGGUCUCACUGGGUAAAGAACUGGCUAUUGCUCUUUUUAUUAGCUGCUGAUGCAAGUCAUGAGGCUGGCUCAAGUGGUUUCUUAAAAUAUCUACCUCAUCUGUUAUCUAAUUGUUUGCCAUUUACUCCCUCACGGGGUGCAAAUAAUAAAAUUAUUAUUAAUCCCUGUUGCUGAAAACUGCAGAAGGGGAAAGUGCUCUUGUAGUCAGGUCCUGUUUGCGGGUUUCCAACAGGCAUGUGAUUGGCCAGUGUUAAAACAGGAUGUUGGACUAGAUGGGCCGUUGGCCUGAUGCAGCAGGUUCUUCUUAGGUUUGUCUUACGUUCCCAGUAUCUCUAGGGUGCCACAGAGCAUCUCUUUUAAGGUAGCCUGGCUUAAGCAUGGACAUUCUACUGAGGCUCUGAUCCACGUUGCUUAGGCUUUCUGCCGAACGGUGGGCUGGUGUAAACACACAGUCGCUGUUAACCACGUUUGGGGAUCACUGCUUGAUUUUCUGCAAGUGAUAAGCUGUGUGAUGGUGUGGAGACUGUGCUGGAAUGCUCUGCAGUGUCCAGGACCUGGGAAACAGCCAAUACAAAGCAGGGGUGACUGUGGGGAAGUAGCUGAACGCCACGAUCUCCAUGACUUCUGCCUGUUCAGGGAUACGUUCCCAGUCUCUCCUCACCUCCCCACUUUGCCCUUCCUUUGUGCUCUGAAGCACCUCAGGACCUGCUCAUGUAACUUCUAUGGUGCACCUGUCAUCUAGCGUGUUCCUUGCGGUGAAUUUUCAGUGGGUACGGUAGUGCUGCCAGCAUCUCCCUUAAUCCUGUUCAGUACAGCAAGUGGGCUGAAGGGAGUGCUGUGUUUUCUCUUUUUCCAACAGACUAUGCAAUUGCAAAACCUGACCUUCUGUCUCGGAUUGAGCAAGGCGAACGUCCCUGUGUGGAGGAAGAGGAGGUCCCUAAGGAGAAAGAGAUUUCUUCGGAGCCCAGCCCAGGUAAGCAGCUGGAAUCCCAGAAGGGUUUGGGUGGAUGAAUAGGAUGUACAAGGCUGUCUUAACUGACCCUUCCAUCUCCAGUGAGAGCCAGUGUGGUGUAGUGGUUAAGAGCGGUAGAUUUGUAAUCUGGGGAACCGGGUUUGCGUCUCCGCUCCUCCACAUGCAGCUGCUGGGUGACCUUGGGCUAGUCAUACUUCUUUGAAGUCUCUCAGCCCCACUCACCUCACAGAGUGUUUGUUGUGGGGGGAGGAAGAGAAAGGAGAAUGUUAGCCGCUUUGAGACUCCUUCGGGUAGUGAUAAAGCGGGAUAUCAAAUCCAAACUCUGCUUCUUCUUCCAACUGGGAUUCUCCCCUCCCACCCACUAACUUCAAAAUGUGCAGGAGAUUUUCCUCUCUCUUCAAGAGGGGUCUGCCAGGACUCCCAUGUCUGAGGUUCACCUUGAUGGUGUGGGCCGCAAGACCUGUGGCCCAGGACAGGGAAGUCUUGUGCAUCUGGCAUUCUUCCUGUUACAGCAGAGCAGAAUGAAAGACCAUCUUUGUGCUCCUUUGGGGUUUGUGAUCGAGUAAAAUUGAAACGGGCUUAGCAAGUAGUUGCAGCCUGGUGCAAAGCGGCUCACUGAACAAACACCCUCUCGUUCAUGUCUCCCGAAACAGAAGCCUUGGUUUUUAGGCCUGGCCUGGCCUGCCAGAUGGAAGGGAGAGAAAAUGCACAUGUCAUUGGAGACCAGGAGAAAGCAGAAGGAAGGGCAGCUCCGAGCGACCACAGUGUUGGUGAGUGGAACCUGUAGGUUAGGCCGUUUUUGUCCAGAGUAUUUCAGGGUUUCAGAAAAUACAAAAUCCGCUCGGAAAAGAAUCUUGACUGGAUUCUCCUCAUGGUUUUUGCAAUGGAAGAAAAUGUUGAAAAGUAAAACCUAGAGGAACGCAACUCUUGCAGCAGGGUCUAAGAAAACUUCUCCUCUGCACCCACACCCCCCCAAACAUGAAUGCUAAAUAUAUUCAGCUAGAAUUUAAAAUAUGGUUUGAAUAGUUGGUCUGAAACAUCGUGGGGAGGAACUACUAAACCUGACGGCCAUGCCCUGCCUCCACAGUCCGCAUACCAGCUGCUGUCGACUGCAAGAGGGCAGAGGCCUCUUGUGCUUGGCUCCUGCUUGCUGGCUUCCCAUGGUGGGUGUCUGGUAGGCCGCUGUGAGAACAGGAUGCUGGGCUAGACAGGAAGUUGGCCCUUUUAUCCCAGCAGGCCUCUUCUUAGGUUCAUUACUACAUUGACUUUCAAUGUGGUUCUGCAGAAUAAAGAGGCGACAGAGUUUUCCAGCUGAAUGAAAAGCCCUAGAUGCUCAUUUUGAAUAGUUUGUCAACAGAUCUUUUUUUUUUGGUGGUGGGGGUUGUAUUCAUUUUAAAAUUAUAGCUUAUUUUAUGGUGACUGGGAGUGGCCGCUGAGACCAUAUAACACCAGUCCUGAGAGACCUGCAUUGGCUCCCAGUACAUUUCCAAGUACAAUUCAAAGUGUUGGUGCUGACCUUUAAGGCCUUAAAUGGCCUCCGUCCUGUGUACCUGAAGGAGCGUCUCCACCUCCAUCGUUCUGCCUGGACACUGAGGUCCAGCACCGAGGGCCUUCUGGAGGUUCCCUCCCUGCGAGUGAGGGUUACAGGGAACCAGGCAGAGGGCCUUCUUGGUAGUGGCGCCCACCCUGUGGAAUGCCUUCCCAUCAGAUGUCAAGGAAAUAAACAACUAUCUGACUUUUAGAAGACAUCUGAAGGCAGCCCUGUUUAGGGAAGUUUUUAAUGUUUAAUGCUGUAUUGUGUUUUUAACAUUCAGUUGGGAGCCGCCCAGAGUGGCUGGGGAAACCCAGCUACAUGGGCAGGGUAUAAAUAAUAAAUUAUUAUUAUUAUUAUUAUUAUUAUUAUUUAUUAUUAUUAUUUAUUAUUAUUACUGUUGUUGUUGUUAUUACACACCUGCAAAUUCCCUUGACACACAUGUAGCAGGUGAUUCAUAAAUUAAUAACAAUAAAAAACGAGGGGUAAAAAUGCCUUCCUGUGGUCUGCCAAGGGCCCUGUUCAUGCCACCGCACAGUUGGAGGGCAGUGCCAACCCCCUGGCAGGAUCUGUACCCCCUGCCCCCUGCUAAGGUGCUUUCUGAAGUCCUGCAGAGACUCAGCCAGGCGAUGCCCAUGUUGCUGCCCUAAAGCAAGUCGGGGGAGGGGAGAGAGACUAAAUUGCCCCAAGUUGAGCUUCCUCCUAACCGCUCUUUUCGUUGGCACAGACUAUGGGGCUGCCGGAUCCUCCUUUGGCUCUCCAGGGAAGCGGGAGCAAGAGGUGAACCUCGAGGGUCCAGAGGGCACGGAGGAAGGCGAGCUGCGCAUCAAGCCUCGCGCUGGUGAGUGUUGCACCGGGCGCACCGGGGUGCAGGAGGGGCGGUGGCGUGGCAGAGGCGCUUUGCGUUUGGAGCGGAUCAGGCUGCCAACCCUUCCAGCUGCUACACUUGAGCCUGAGGAACAUGUCCAAGCAGAACGUUAUUCUCCCCAGCCCACUUAGUGCCGUGGCUGUGGGCCCUGUGUCGAAAUAGCCACAGUUGAGGGAAUCCGCAUUUGCAGUGCAUGGUGUCGAAGUCAGAACCUGGAGCAAGCCAAGCUCCUCUGAUGCUCCCUUCUUGUAUCUUGAGGGGGCUGUGUUUUAUGGGGUGUUUGGGUACCUUUGGCCCACAGUGGGGAAAAGGGCCUUCUGCUUCAAGGCUCUGUGAUGAUGUUUUAUGGCAUAAAAGGGGUCUCUUUGUGUAAAGCAAGAUAAAAAUGUCACUGAGCUACACCUCCUGUUUCGUGUUAUUCUCCCCACCUCGGUAUCAAGUUUGCAACCUCUGUGUGAGGAGCUGCCUUCUUGGUAGAACUCUGUCCUGUUGGGCAGCUUCCCAUGGCCCUGUGGCCUCACAGAAAGCGUUUGUUCUUGCUGCUGCUUCACGGCCCGCCUCCCAGGCAAGGGGAGCUUCCUAGCCCCUGAGUCAAAUUACUCUCGACCUUAACAUAAGACUGAAGAUGGGGUAGCCUAGCUUUUCUGCUGCUCUGGAGGGGAGGACACAAACCAGGGGAUUCAAAGGAGAUUCCAACCAAACAUUAGGAAGGACUUUUCUGAUAUUAAGAGCUGCUCGGCUGUGAGACAGACAUCCUUGGAAGGUGGUGGACUUUGCUUACUUGGAGGUUUUUAGACAGAGUUUGUGUGACCGUCUGCCAGGGAUUCCUUUGCUGUGAUUCCUGUGUUGCAAAGGGUUGGGAUAGAUGAUCCUUGGCAUCCCUUCCAACUGCUAUGAUUCCACAACAUAAGACACACCAUGCUAAGGACCAGGGAAGAGAGUAGUAUAGGAAAACUCUAUAUGUUUCUCUGCUUCUUCAGCCCAUUGGUUGUACCUCUGAGCCACAUCCCACCAGUACAAAGCCUUCCUCCUUCUGUUUCCACCCACCCACCCAGCAAGCCCCCUUUCCGUGAAUUCUGUUGUAAUGUUCAGGAUGAACUUGUGUCUUCUGUAUUGCUGGCUAAAAUAUUCUGAGUGCUUCCUCCCCCGCCUUCUCUUUUAUGCAACGAAUCACACUUGCAAUAUCCACAGUGAUAUUUAGCCAACGCCCCUCCUAGCUGUGAUGUUGGCCCUCUCCACAUCACCCAUGUGGCCUCCCACCCUCCACCACUUCUUGUAUGGUGUGCAAGCAAAAUGGUCUGCUCCUGUUAAAGUAUAACCCCUGCCUCGUGGUAUUCUGGGCCCUCAUGGUAGCUUACAUCCAUGACAGAGCGAUAAAAGUACAAAGAACCAGAAUGCGCCGGUACCAUUAAAAGAAAAAUACAAAGCAGCAACAUCUCAGAAAGGUUCGGAUGGUCUCAUCUUGGCCACCUGUGUGCUGCCUUCAGUCUACUGAUCCAGCAGCCUUGAGGAGGGCAAAUGCGCUUGUCCUGUUUGACUAGCAAAGGACGAAGGAGAGCCAAGACCUGCUUUCAGGAGCCGUUUUUUGUAGUGGAGGCAAUCCAAGCACGCGUGCUGCCAGCCCUGGGUCAUUCUGGUGCUGGCCUUGAGUGCCCCCCUGCCCCGCUCACCUGAGAAUGGCAAGGAGACUUGGAGGGGCACUGAGGCUCUGAACAUGGAGAGGGGGAGAGGCUGGUUUAGAGCCCACCUGGACAAAGAAAUGGGCUGCUGGAAGGAUGAGCAGAGCUGGCUGGCUGGCGAGGCUGAGAGGAGACGCUGAAAGAGGGAGAGAAAGAGAGAGAAUGAGCACGAGCCCUUCAUGUAAGAACACAGCUACUGCCUGUCCCCCUUUCUGACUUGUCUCCUGCUCUCACCUGGUAGCCGUUUGCCGCUAGGCGGGAGCGAGCGCUGAUCACGUUUCCAUGCUUUCCUUUGCUCUUUCGAACUGUCAGUCGCUUGUAUAAAUGUACCCCGAACGUGGCUUUCUUCUAGGGUAUGGGGGGGGGGGAGAGGGGAGAAGGCAAGUGCUUGCUUGUUCUUUGACUUAAGAAUAUAGUAAUUUCAGGGGGGUGGGCACCUGCAGUGUGCAAGCACUGAGCAAGGGUCAGAAAGAUCCCUCUGACUGCACACUAGAGAAGCACAUUUUAUAAGCUCAAGCCCUGUAGUCUGCAGCCUGCUAGACAAAGGAGUCCAGGGGCUUGGAGCUGAAAGUGUGGACGGGUGAGAGCAGGCCUUCUGUGGCUCUCCAGAGCAGAGAGGACUUCCCAGGCAGGGUUGACGUGAGCAGUGGAGAACAGCUCAUGAACAUUGCCGGGGGUAGGACUAGAUGACUUUGAGGUCCCUUCCAACUCUGCAAUUCUUUGAUUCUAACGUUUUUGGGUAGAACGGAGAGCAAGGCAUAAUGGGGCUUGUCAGCUUACAGACCUGGGUUCUUAGUUUAAAAUAAGUGCCAAUAAGACUUUUAAUAACGUGUGCAAAUGCCCAGUCAGGCUGCACCAACCAGAGAGUUGCCUUGUUGGUCUUUGUACACGUUGCCUGAUCGAAAAGGGGCUGUGUCCUCGUGACGUGGUGCGGCAGAGAGGCCACGCUGGCCGCAGCCGCCUUGUGCAGUGGUCAGGCAGGAGUGCGCUGACGACUGAGCAAAGCGGGUUCCUGCAGAGCCACUCUGGGUUACCUGGCCCUUUAAGCAUCCUCCCUCUGAACAGGCAGGAGAAGGUAGCUGGGCAGAAUGUUGUAGGCUUCUGGCUCAGUUUUUAAGAAACGGAUGUUGCGCGCGUUUGCUGCUUUGGAGAAGAAGCAUUGCACCAACGCUCUUUUCUUUCAACCCACCAGAUGACGGGCUAGCCUUCAAAGCAGAGGUCCUGCAGGCCCAGAAAGCACUGUGCGAGAGCUUGGGGCUGCAGUGCACCGAAGACGCCGUCCUCCACGGCCCCCACCCAGGGGCUGCCUCCCUCGGGAGCCGCUACAGCGCCCUGAUGCACCAGCGGAGGCACCCGGAGAGCCAGGCGGACGAGGCCCUUCCCGGAGAGGGCAGCUUUGGCGGCGGCGGUGGCCACAGCCCCAUGGCAGGCUUCCAGCGCGAGAGGCCGGGGGAGAAACUGUUUGUGUGCCCCGAGUGCGGGAAAAGCUUCCGUCUGCACAAGAGCUUGCUGAUCCACCAGCAGAGCCACGCGGCGGGCGGAGGCUACCGGCCGCAGUGCGAGAAGAGCUUCACCUACAAGCAGCAGUUCACCCUCCACCAGCGCAUCCACACCGGGGGCGGCGCCUACACGUCGGUGGCCUGCGAGGAGACCUUCAAGCAGAGCCACAACCUGAAAGCCCUGCCCCGGGUGCCGGCCGGAGAGAAGCCGUACGGCAGCGCCAAGUGCGUGAAGACCUUCAACCUCAAGUCGUCCUACCGGCAGCACCCGAAGGGGCACGGGCGCGAGAGGCCCUACAAGUGCAGCCGCUGCCCCGAGAGCUUCUCGCAGAAGAAGAGCCUGGUGACCCACCAGCGGCUGCACUCAGGGCGGGGCAGCGGCAGCUCCCUGGCCUGCCUGUACUGCGGCAAGAACUUCAGCCACCCCUCGGAUCUGGUGCGGCACCAGCGCAUCCACACCGGGGAGAGGCCCUACCGGUGCGGCGAGUGCGAGAAGAGCUUCACCCAGAAGCAACAUUUACUGCAGCACCAGAAGAUCCACCUGCGGGAGCAGAACCGGCUGAUGGGGACGGCCGUCCGGGAGGCCCUGCUGGACGCCAUCUUCAUCUAGCGGCCCCCUCCCACCGGGGCUGUGGCUCUGCAGGGAGGGGCGGAAGAAGGGCAGGGAGGGAGGGGGUGGAGAAAUAAGACUGUUACCUCAGAAAUUGGGCCCCCAGGGCUGCGAGGGGGCUUCUCCGCGACCUCCCUCCUAGCCUGGAGUUUAGGAUCCUGUAGACUCUCGGGUACUCGAUAGGACCUUUUUAUUUUAAGGGUGACUAGAGAUUGUUCAGAGUUGCUGAAGAAAAAACAGUGGCGUUGGUAGUAACAAAAAAAUGCUUCUGGGGUUGUCUUUUCUGUCUCGUUCGGAGUGUACCAUACUGUAGCUGCCCCUUCCCACUAUCUCCUCCUCCCCGCCCCCGGUUGCCAGAGGGACAUUUUCACUUCAGAAUAACUCAAGACGGACGACUGUUGGCCCAGAGACGGCGCACCCAUUCACCUUUUCUGUAAACACCGAUUUCUCAGAACUGAACACUUUUAUAUACUUUUCCCCUGGAUUUUUCUUUUUCUUUCUUUCUUUUGGUCUGUGGAAACUUAAAAAAUAAACUAGAAAUGUGGAAAAAGAAAUUAGCUCAGCAUUCUGGUUAGUGAAUGUUUUUUUUCCUGGGGAAAAUGGAAAUUUCUGGGCACCAUGUGUGUUUCGUGACAUUGUGGGGUGACAGCAGCAAUGAGUGAGGGCGUCUUCCGUGGCCCUGCUGUCUUUUCUGUGAGACCCUCACUUCUCCUGCCACCAUCCACCCAUGCUGGGGUCCUCGUACCAUCUAGAACCCCAGAGCAGGCUCCCCUUACACAAGUUCGGAACAGUGGGACCAGAGCGGGGGGGGGGCACAUUUGCUGGCCCCUAAGGCACUGGGAGGGACGCGGGUGGCGCUGUGGGUUAAACCACAGAGCCUAGGACUUGCCGAUCAGAAGGUCGGCACUUCGAAUCCCCACAGCGGGGUGAGCUCCCAUUGCUCGGUCCCUGCUCCUGCCAACCUAGCAGUUCGAAAGCACGCCAAAAGUGCAAGUAGAUAAAUAGGUACCGCUCCGGCGGGAAGGUAAACAGUGUUUCCGUGCGCUGCUCUGGUUCGCCAGAAGCGGUUUAGUCAUGCUGGCCACACGACCAGCUCCCUCGGCCAAGAAAGCGAGAUGAGCGCCGCAACCCCAGAAUCGGCCCCGACUGGACCUAAUGGUCAGGGGUCCCUUUACCUUUACCUUUACCUUUAAGGCACUGGGAAUUGCACCUAAUGAUUUCAGCUUUUAAAACUUUUAUUUUGCAAUAAACUCAGGAGCAAUAGAUUUCAGCUUUCAGCUUUUAAAACUUUCUUGAAAACCUUUAAAGCCGUUUCCAAGCAGAAAGUUGUCUUCCAAGACAUGUACGUGUUGGCUAUUUGCAGUUUAGUAGCACAGAGAGCUUGCUGGGGAGACCAUGCAUUAAAAAGGGACUCAAAAAGUACUUAAACAAGGUUUUAAUUACAAAAACAAAAACUCCUUUUACACUAAAUACAUCAACAAACCAGACCCAACCACCAACUCAUCCCCCAGGGUAACGGGAGAGCUAGGUGCUGCUCCUUAUAUACUCUACCCAAAUGCUGACACAGCUUAAUCAAUACAACUCAGCAGCCCCUGCCAUGUUUCACUGUAAAGCUGGGUCUCGUUAUCUUGCUCUGGCCCUUGCUCUGGCCCCUUAAAGACAUACACAUUGGGUGGAACAAUGAUGAACCUUUACAUUUAAAGUAACCAUUCAACAGUACGUAUGUUAAGUCUUGUAUGUAAGUCCCUUGCAUGGCAUCAGAACAGACUUGGAGAAUAUUUUGCAGUGCAGAUUGUGCUCACAUGCAGAGGGUCUGCUUCAGUCUGAAAUGUUAAGAGGCUGUCUCCAGAAUGGCUGCUGUAACUUGAGACAGAAGGGGAAUUACUAUUGCUAAUAACCAAUAUCAGUCAAGACCGUGCAAACGCAUCUUUCUUUGUAAUUAAACGUGGCGAGGCCCUCUCCAGUCUAAAGGUAAGGCAGAAGGAAAGGCUUAAAGACACUCUUGUCUCCCAGACAGCCCUUUCCUCAGCAGCUCAGCAUUUCCACGGAUUUCUCCAGAUGUUUCUGAUCUUGCAUUGGGAAAUGCUCUUCUUUGAAAAUCGGACUGUGAACUCCUCCGGGCAGGGAACCGUUCUUGCUAGAUUUUGACACUGGAUUUUUGUUAAUGGGGGAUUCAGCCUCGCACAAAGAAAUCAAAAGAACUCCCAAGGAGGGUCAUCUCGCCCAGUUCCCUGCAGUGCAGGAUUCACAGCUAAAGAAUCUGACAGGUGGCCAUCAAGCCUCUUGUUUCGAAACCUCCAGUGCGGAAGAGUCUGCCACCUUCUGAGGGAGUCCAUUCUAUUCUCAAACAGCUCUUGCCACCAGAAAAGUUAUUCCUAAUGUUGAGUCGGAAUAUCCUUCCUUGUCAUUUGAAUCUGUUGAUUCGGGUCCUGCCCUCAGGAGCAAUAGAAAACAAGCUUGCUACACCUUCCAUUUGAUACUUCCAUUUGAUACCCAUCGUUCAGCCCAGACACAGAUCCAGCGCCGAGGGCCUUCUGGCGGUUCCCUCAUUGAGAGAAGUGAAGUUACAGGGAACCAGACAGAGGGCCUUCUCGGUAGUGGCGCCUGCUCUGUGGAACGCCCUCCCUUCAGAUGUGAAAGAAAUAAGUAGCUAUCUUCUCUUUAAAAGACAUCUGAAGGCAGCCCUGUUCAGGGAAGUUUUUAAUAUUUAACGCUGUAUUGUUUUUAACAUUCGAUUGGAAGACGCCCAGAGUGGCUGGGGAAACUCAGCCAGAUGGGCGGGGUAUAAAUAAUAAAUUACUAUUAUUAAUAUUAUUAUUAUUACUUGAAGGUGUCGUAUCAUGUCACACCUCAAGUCUUCUCUUAUACAGGCUGAGCACCCCCAACUCAUGAGACUUGGUUUCCAGACCCUUUUAUCGUCUUGGUCACCCUCAUCUGUACAUGUUCCAGAUUAUCAAUAUCCUUAAAUCAUGGUACCCAGAACAGGACACAGGACUCAAGGAUUGGUCUGAUUCAGGCACAACAGAGCAGCUAUUCUCACUUCCCUUGGCCGAGACACUUGACUUCUGUUGAUGCAGCUUAGAAUAAUAACAUUAGCUGUUUUUGCUGCUGUAUCACGCUGCUGGCUCAUGUGAAACUUGCGGUCUCCUAAGACCCCCUUGAUCCUUUUCACAUCCGUGUGUCGGGCUUGGGGAGUGAAAGGAAAGUGUCUGCACUGCCACUGGAGGUUUCAAUAUCCUGCAUCUAAAAAACAGGGGUUGCAAGUUGGGGGAAGGAUCGUGGCUUAGUGAUGGGAUACCUGCUUGGCAGGUAGAAGGUCUCGUGCUAAGUCUCCAGCUGUCAGCAUCUGGAAAAGUAAAACUUUUAAGAAAGAGAAGGAAGGGUGGGGGAAGCAAGUUUCUCCCCUUACAAUAGAGGAAAUGGCAUUGAAAAACUUCACCAGUGUCAACAGGCUCUCUGGAGGCUCACAUUUUGCAGUCGGAAUGAAGCCUACAAAUUGGUGCCGCAAUUGAGUGGUUAGGGAUGCUCUGAUUCAGAAGCAUUUGCACACUUCCCCCAUACAACCCUAGUCUCUAUUUGCUAGCCAGGCACAGAUUUCACUGGGGCAAAAUGUCAGGUUUUAGGGCUGGGAUGGGGCAAGACUAGGUUCUCAAAUCCCUGCUUGCUGUGGAUAUAGCAGAAUAAAUUGCUAAGAAGUCGUGCAUAAAGGCAGCCCUGUAUCGGGAAGUUUUUUUAAUGUUUGGCAUUUUAUUAUUUUUUAUAUUUUGCUGGAAGCUGCUUAAAGUGGCUGGGGAAACCCAGGCAGAUGGGUGGGGUAUAAAUAAUAAUAGAAUGGUGGUGAUGCAUUCGCCCCAUAAGACGUACCUGACCAUAAGACGCACCUAGUUUUUAGAGGAGGAAAACAAGAAAAUAUAUAUACUGAACGAAACAGUGGAUGUAUGAUUUCUGUGGUUCAUGCUGUGAUCACAGACAUGAUGUGUGAUUUGGCGGUGAGUUUGGGGUAGCCCAAUUCAAAAAUCCUGAGAAUCCAUGUGGGUCCGUGCUUUGCAACCACGCUUUUGUGCCAUUGCGGCCCCACGAAACAGUGGGUGUAUGAUUUAUUAGGUGCAGGCUGUAGCCAUGGACAUGCUAUGUGAUCUGAUGGUGAAUUUGGGGUGACCCAAUGUAAAAAUCCUGAGGAUCCAUGGGCUUUUACUUUCCCCCUCCCAGGCAGCCUCCACUAACAUCCCUUAUCUCUCUUCCGAUCCCAGCGAUCAGCUGUUUCCUUCCAACACUCCCUUUCCUCUUGUUUGCCUUAGUGUCUUUUCCUUAGCUGGAGCAGUUUUUUGCUCCUCCUUUUCUUCUAAUUUCUCUCCUUAUUGCUCAGCGUCUUCCUGUUUUCCCCCUUUGCAAGUUUGCGGCCUUACCUCCCCCCUCCCAGGCAGCCUCCUUUAUCGCUAGAGUACCUUAUCUCCCUCCCUGAUCGCUUGCCGACCAGCUGCUCAGCGGCUUUGUUUCAACACCCCCUUCCCUCUUUUUUUAAAAAAAAGCAUAAUCUGUUUUUUGCCCCUGGGCAAUUUGGCUCCAAGGACCACACAUUCGCUCCCUAAGACGCAUAGACAUUUCCCCUUACUUUUUAGGAGGAAAAAAGUGCAUCUUAUGGAGCGAAAAAUAUGUUGCUUUAGACAGUGCAGUUAAUCUGUGGAACUCCCUCCCGCAGGAGGCAGUGAUGGCCACCGGCCUAGAUGGCUUUAAAAGAGGAUUGGACAAAUUCAUGGAGGAGGAAAAGGCUAUAUCGAUGGCUAAUAGCCACAAUGGCUCUGCCCUGCCUCUAUGGUCCGAGGCAGCAAUGCUUGUGAAUGCUCGUUCUUGGAAACCACAGGAGGAGAGAGGGCUGCUCGUGUGUGUUUCCCUCCCUUUAUGGUUUUGAUCUAUGGGCUACUUUUAAAAUGAGGCUGCAUUUUAACCUAAAUUUUAAAUUGGUGGUCCUCCCCCCAUUAUGUUUUUACUGUAAUUUUACCGGUGUUAGCCGCCCUGAGCCUGGCUCUGGCCAGGGAGGGCGGGGUAUAAAUAAAAUUUAUUUUUAUUAUUAUUAUUUUUAUUAUUAUCUGUCUUGGGAGACAAUGGAGGAGUGCUCCUUUGGGGGUGCGGUCAAGCUGUUGGAAAGUAGCAGCACCUGCCGUGUCUGCAGAGACCGAUGCAGGAGAGACAUGUUUUGUUGCAGCCAGGGCAGAUGAAGGUGUUCGGUUGUUCUGCUACAGAUGCACCAGGGCGUUUUUUGUCUCUGCGCUCCUCCCAGCGGUCAUUCCUCCUCUGGUCACUGCUCUGUAUGCACAACCUGACCAUCUGUCUCCAUGCACUGGGGUUGUCUGCAAGGGAUUCCCACACAGCAGGGUUGACGUUGCCAGACUUCACGUCAUGUAUACAGACAUCUUUGGUCUGCUAGUGGGAAGUCAGCUCCCCGUAGAGAACAUCUUUGGGGGUCCUGCCGUCUUCCAUUCUGUAUACGUGACCCAUCCAGCGUAGACGUCACUGAGACAGGAAUGUGAACACCCUGGGAACAUGGGCUUGGGAGAAGAGCACAUAAUAAUAAUAAUAAUAAUAAUAAUAAUAAUAAUAAUAAUAAUAAAAUUUUAUUUAUAUCCUGCGCUCCCCAGCCAAAGCCGGGCUCAGAGCAGCUAACAACAUCUUGGUUUGGUAGGCAUUCCAGAUUUUCAACAUCUUCGUUUUUGUCUUCCACACUCCCCUUCCCUUGCAGACCUCCCGACGGACAAGGCACCGACUGAAGCCAAGCAAGAUCCCCGAGUCCUUGAGCCGUGGGGGCCCGAGACGUCUGGGAAGAGCGCCUUCGGGGAGAAGGGUCCUCCUCGCCCAGCUGUGUGGCCGGGGAGCCUCCCGGGGGAGCACAAGCGGUUCAGCCCCGUUGGACUUGCCCUGGCCGAGUGGCCGAAACACAGCGGCGAAGCCAAGUCUCACCCGUGCCCAGACUGCGGGAAGAGCUACGGGUUCCCAGGGGUUUUGGAGGACCACCGGCGCAGUCGCUGCAGCCUCGCCCCCUCUCCGGGAUGCCUCCCGCUGUCGCCCUCGGGCGAUGGGAGCCUCCCGAGGCCUGGGCUGGGCUGCCAGGGAGAGGCGGGGAGUGCCAAGCCCCUUUCUCCCCUUCCUGCGCCACCUGGGGAGAAGGCCUGGGCGUGCCCCUGGUGCCAGCAGCGCUUCCGGUUGCAGGUGAACCUUCUCAUCCACCAGAGCAGCCACCUGGAGGCCGGAGGCGAGCUGGGCGGGCAGGACCGCCUGGCGUGCCGCUUCUGCCCGCGCCGCUUCGGGCGCUCGGACCACCUCCUGCGCCACCAGAUGAGCCACACGGGCGCCCGGCCCUACCAGUGCCCCUCGUGCGAGAAGAGCUUCACGGACAAGAGCAAGCUGACCAACCACUACCGCACGCACACCGGGGAGCGCCCCUUCCGCUGCGCCGCCUGUGGGAAGAACUUCAUCCGGCGCCACCACCUGGCCAAGCACCAGCGCACCCACACCCGCGAGAGGCCGCACCAGUGCCACGUCUGCCUGAAGGGCUUCAUGCAGAAGCACCACCUGCAGAAGCACAUCCGCACGCACACGGGAGAGAAGCCCUACCGCUGCAGCCAGUGCCCCAAGGCCUUCUCCUCCCAGCAGCGCCUGCUGCUGCACUGCUGCGCCCCGACGCAGGUGGUGGCGGCAUCAGCGGAGGCUGCGGGAGGCGGCUCAGCGGCGUCCGCCACCGCCCUCCUCUCAAAACAUUGAUGUACCUCCUGCGCCGUUCACCGGGCCGAUCUUCCGGUCUCCCGUCUUCAGAAGGGGCGUGGGGAGCAGCAGCGCCCUCAAUGCCGCCAGUUUGCUCGAGAGAUCCCUCGCCGGACCUCAGCUCUCUCCUGCAAGCCUUGGCGGCAGAGGGUGCGUUGCAGAGCCUGAGAUGCCAUGGCAAGGCGAGCGCCUUGCAGGACAGCAGCUCCUCUGCACCUUCAGUGUAAAUGGUAAAUCACAUAAGGGUGGUGUUUCCCUGCUGGGGACUUUGGUUGUUGUGGUGCUAACGUGUGCUUAGAAGGGGGUUGCGCAUGAAUGUAAGUAUUAAGAAGUCUUAAAAGUGGCCGCUGACGCCGUCUUUUCUUUUGUUUCCGAGGCAAUCGCUGUUGUUGGACUACAACUCCCAUCAUCCCUAGCUGGCAGGACCCCAGUGGUCAGGGAUGAUGGGAACUGUAGUCCAAAAAAACAGCUGGAGAUCCAAGUUUGGCAAACCUUGAACUAGGCCCUGAUAUAGCUCAGGGUUAGGGUGGUCAUCCGAAAGAGGGAGGGGGAUUUACAUCUGGGGAAAUUUGAUGUAAAAUAUUAAAAUGGUGAAUAUGUCAGCCUGGUUAUGUAAGCCUGGAACAGUGGAGAACAGGACUCGGUUUGUGUCUCGCUGCGUUUAGAAGAGCCCUAUCCAGCGUCUUCGUGGUUUCAAGCUCUUAAUCGCAGCUGGAAUGGCCAGGUGACCUCUGAAGCCACACAGAACCCCAGUGAAGCGAAGCUCCUUCGUCUCUUUUCCAGGUGUCCAAGAGGUUCCCCGUGCAGACUGGGCCAAGGGCCUCUUAUUCGGCUGUUCUCGCAUGAUGCCUUGCUGCAGAGUUGGGACCAAGCAUUUUGGGAGUCUGGAAAGGGGCACCCACCUUGCCUGAAACCUCACCCAAUGGGACUAUAACGACACCUCCUACAACGUGUGGCCGUUGGGACUGUGGAACUUCCGUUCUUUUCUGAAAUGCUUCCCUGCAUCGAUAGAUAUUUGUUUCUUUAAAAACCCAAACUUUUGUCCUUUAGGGGCUGGACAUUCUGUGUUGUGGUUUUGGAUAGAUAUAUUUUUUUCCUGAUUUUGUAAUCCUGCUGUAAAGGCUUACCUGGGGGGAAAGAUACACACUGGAAAUGCAAACGGGAGCGUCGUGUGGUUUUUCUUUCUCCUCUCCUCCUCCUCCGUUCCACAUUUUCCUGUUUUAAAGGUAUUAGAAAGAACUUCUGCUCUUCUGUCUUUUAACAAUCCGUCCAUCCCCGUCCGUCCCGCUCUUGCAAGGAAGCACUGAAAUAAUUCCAUUCUGUAUAGGUAGAGACAGCCUUGGCCAAUCUGUGGCACUUUCCGGGUGCAUGGAACUACAGUUCACAUUGGCUCCAGCUUUUGAAUUGCAGUCCAUAGCAGCUGGAGUGUACCAGGUUGGCAAAGACAUUUGUGCCCACAUUCCGUGCUGUUUCGAACCCGAUACCUGAGCGUGCACCUCCCUCCUCUCAAAACUUUGCAUCACCAGGCUUUGCACCGUGCAAGGCACUGAAGAUGCGUUGGCUGGGUUUGAUGGGGAUGUGGGGUUGUGGCUGGUAGAAAUCAGGGACUGAGUAGCUCCCAAAUAGCCCCUUUCAUUAUUUUGGCCUUUCACUUUUGCCCUUGGGAUCCAAACAAAGAGGUCUUUUGGUGUCGCCAGGCACACUGGAGUGACAAGUUUUGCGUCCAUGCGCCCUUCAUGUGCUGAGCGCUGCCACUCUCAGGCUUUGGCAGUGCUUCACUGGUUUGCAACAUCUGCUUGAAAAAUAUUUGGAUUUCAUUGAGAGUAGCAGAAUGGGGGUAUGCUGCCCCAUCCUGUUAUGUGCUGCCUACCUCACCAAAUAUUCCGGUUUUAGCAUAUCUGCUCAAAGAACCUUGAACCUGACUUCUGAAGAGUUAUCCAGAAUGCGGCAGCUAGACUGGUGACCGGGAGUGGCUGCCGAGACCAUAUAACACCAGUCUUGAAAGACCUUCAUUUGCUCCCAGUACAUUUCCGAGCACAAUUCAAAGUGUUGGUGCUGACCCUUAAAGCUCUCAAUGGCCUCGGCCCAGUAGACCUGAAGGAGUAUCUCUACUCCCAUUGUUCAACCUGGACACUGAGGUCCAGCUCCAAGGGCUUUCUGGCGGUUCCCUCGCUGCGAGAAGUGAGAUUACAGGGAACCAGGCAGAGGGCCUUCUCAGUGGUGGCGCCCGCCCUGUGGAACGCCCUCCCAUCAGAUGUGAAGGAAAUAAGCAGCUAUCUUCUCUUUAAAAGACAUCUGAAGGCAGCCCUGUUUAGGGAAGUUUUUAAUGUGUGACAUUUUAAUGUAUUUUUCAUCUUUGUUGGAAGCCGCCCAGAGUGGCUGGGGAAACCCAGCCAGAUGGGCGGGGUACAAAUAUUAUUAUUAUUAGCACCACCACCACGCUCUAACCAACUGAAUAAAAUAAUGUGUGAAUGGAGAUACACAUCUUUUGGAGAUGAGGGCUGACAGGUGACAAGAUAGGCAUCUGCAGGUAUCUCUAGGGCUCUUGUAUGGAAGAUGGAGCAAACUUGCUUUGUGCUCCUCCAGAGGGCAGGACCCGAACCAGGGGAGUCAAAUAUCAGGAAAGGAGGUUCUGACCCAGCUUGAGGAAGAUCGUUCUGGCGGCAAGAGCCAUUCAACAGACCAGCUCAGAAAGCGGUGGGCCCUCGAUAACAGCGUUGGAGGCUGUUUAGGAGACAUUGAAUGGCCAUCUGUCAGGGGAUCUUUAGCUGUGAGUGCAGGGGGUUGGACUAGAUGACCAUCGGAUCCCUUUCAACUCUACCGUACCAUGAGAGGGUUAAGCCUGAGUCAGGCAGCCCUGUUCAGGGAAGUUUUUAAUCUGUGAUAUUUUACUGUAUUUUUGGUUUCUAAGGAAGCCGCCCAGAGUGGCUGGGGAAACCCAGCCAGAUGGGCGGGGUACAAAUAAUAAAUUAUUAUUAUUAUUAUUAUUAUUAUUAAGCCACAAUUACGUAAUAAUUAGUGGGGGAGGUGUGUUUUGAGCAAAAUUGUUCCCCUGUCUAACCCAUAAGGAAUUGAGGAAUUUCCAGACUGCACUUGUCGUUUCUUUUUUAAAAAUUUAUUCAUUUUUCUUUUUCAUUCAUUACAUACAUCUCAAAUUCUUAACAUUUACUAUAUAUUCCUCCCUUCCUCCCUCCCCUUCAAGGCUUCCCCCAACUUCCGCUUCUGGUUUGUUUCUCUUUUCACCCAUUUUGCUAUCUCUUAACGGAAAAAGUUAUUAAUAACAUAACAUCGAACGUAAAGACUUAAAAAUAACAGUAAAUACACCAUCAUCUUUCACUAUCUUCUAAACAUUUUCUAAUGCUAAUAAUGUGAAUGUUUAUUUCAAUCCUGCCAUCAAGUCUAUUGACUUUCUUUGUUUCUGCAAACAUAAUAUAAAUGGUUCGCAAUCUUUUUCAAAGUCUCUGUUGUCUUUUUCUCUUAGUCUAUUUGUCAUUUCUGCCAGUUCUACAUAGUUCAUCAACUUCUCUUGCCACUUGUCGUUUAUGACCAUUGAAGCUGGUCAGAUGUCAUUAAAAGCAACAAACCACGGAGGCUAAUAAUAAUAAUAAUAAUAAUAAUAAUAAUAAUUUAUUUAUUUAUACUCUGCCCAUCUGGCUGGGUUUCCUUAGCCACUCUGGGUGGCUUCCAACAGAAUAUUAAAAUAGAAUAGUCUAUUAAACAUUAAAAGCUUCCCUGAACAGGCUGCCUUCUAAAAGUUUGCAACAAAUGCAAACUUGUGAUGUGGAUGGAGUGUAAAUAAGAAACUGUAAGAAAAGAUUUGAGACAUGAAAACCGUUGAAGGGAUGGAAGGAAGUCUGGGUAAAUAAGAAGACAUACAAAUUUUUGAAUGUAAGAGUAUUUAUUUUAUUUGUUGUUGUUACAAAAAAGCAAUAAAAAGUAUUUUGGGGGGGGGAAGUCUGCAACAAAUGCAACCAUAAAUAAAAUAAAAUAAAAUAAAGUCUGCAACAAAUAAAUGCAACCAUAGAUAAGCAACGAUCAGCCCCAGCAAACGCGCCCCAUGGAAAGGGAUGAUGGGAGUUGUAGUUCGACAGCGCCCGGUAGAGCCGGGAUCUCCGCGCCGUACAUGGAGGGGGCGUGUCUAUGCAAAUUCUUCCACCCUGUGCGCCAAUCCGGUGAAGCGGGGAGGUUGCGUAGCCCUCCGGCGGCCGGCUCCCUGCGCUUCUCCUCCUGGCCCGCAGGUGGCGGUGCGGAGUCGCUCCCGGGGAGCUGCGGCUUCGUCGCCCAGGCCUGGUCCUCGCGAGCAUGCGCAGUGCCGGCCCCACGGACCCAAGGCAAGUGUGGGGCUCUGCGCGGGAGACAAAAGCGGGAGAGAAGCGGCAGGGCGGGCUGAGGGUAUUGCAAAGGGAUGGGGGGUGAGCGCGGAGCGGCCGGUCAGUUGCAUUUCAGGGUGCAGAAGGGCUGAUCAUCUGUAUUUCAGGGUGCCUUGGGUGCAGAAGGGCUGAUCAUUUGCAUUUCAGGGUGCCUUGGGUGCAGAAGGGCUGAUCAUUUGCAUUUCUGGGUGCCUUGGGUGCAGAAGGGCUGAUCAUUUGCAUUUCUGGGUGCAGAAGGGCUAGGCAGUUGCAUUUCAGAGUGCCUUGGGGUGCAGAAGGGCUGAUCAUUUACAAUUCUGGGUGCCUUGGGUGCAGAAGAGCUGGGCAGUUGCAUUUCAGGGUGCCUUGGGGUGCAGCAAAGCAUUUUUGGGGUUCCUUGAGGACGCCUUAGGUCAGAUAAAGCAGAAGAGAGGCAGGGAUAAUUCCUGCUGUUUAUUUUGGGGUGCAGCGAAGGUGCUGAGGGCUCUGCUGCUUUCGAAAGAUGUUUCUGGGGGUGCUGCAGGAGCCCUGCCCUGGCUUGAAAAGUGGGGGGGAGAAAAGAUACCUUUGCUUUGGGGUACGGGACUUAAGGGAGGAUGGCAUCUAAGCUUUUGGCUUUCUUCCCUCUUGGCAGCUUGCCAACUUUUCCCCAAGGCCCCCUUUCCUAGGGUGAAGGGCAUCCCCAACGCGGCACACAUCUCUCUCCAACUUUGGUGUUUUGGUUCCGAUAAGGGGCAUCAAAACCUGGCAAGCGACUCUUACCCAGGACCCUGUCCCCAGCGGUGAAAUUUCACAGCUUCCGGUAAGCGGCCUCUGAAAGGCAUUCCUUUUCCUGCUCUCUAAUUGUGUUGGAGGCUCAAUUCUCAUCCAGCACUUGAAUCACACGGGGUUGGUCUGGAUGACCUUUGGCGGUCCCUUCCGACACUACAAUUUCCUGAUUCCAUUUCCUCCACCCUUGCAGAGCAAGCCAUGGAGUUUGAGGUUUCAGAAUCCGGCCGCCAGCUGCCGUCACGCCCUGCGGUGCCCUGCAAGGCCACGUUUAACGGGGAGGGGAAGGUCCUCGUCCCGGAGGCGUCUUCGUGGUCCGCCGUGGAAGCCACGGACGUGGCGCUUCCUUCUCACGGCACCCGGCUUCAGGGGCUGGAGAGGAGGAUGGUGGCUGCAGAGCAGAAGUGGGUUGUCUGCGAGAGGGUGGUGGCAGAGAUGGGGCAGGAGCUGGAGAGCAAGCUGUCCGCGCUCGGGACCCUGAUCCGGGAGAACAGCCUACUCCAGAGGAGGCUGGACAACUUGGAGAACCUGCUGAAGAACCGCAACUUCUGGAUCCUGAGGCUUCCUCCGGGCGUUAAAGGAGAAAUCCCUCAGGUAACCUUGCCCCGGCUGGCUUAAUUUACACUACAAAUUAUAUGUACAUUAUACAAAUUAUAUGCAAAUUGUACAAACUAUAUGUGUUGAAUGCUCCUUCCUUGGAGGUUUUUAUUGAAAUACUUUAUUGUCACUUGUACAACUUGUAUACAGUGAGAUUACACAAGCACCCCCCACUCCGCUCUCUUAGUCUUAAUUCCCCUCGUUUACCCACCAAACCCAAAAGUCAGUUGCCCUGUUGUUAUCUUUUCAUUCAGCAGCUUAACAGCCCACGGAUAGAAGCUAUUCUUUACCCUGUUGGUACGACUAAUUCUGCUUCUAUAUCUUCUGCCCGAGGACAGGAGAUCAAGAAAGAGCCAGCCAGGGUGUGAAUAAUCAUCCCUGAGAAUUUUCCUCACCCUCCUGAGGCAACGUUCUUCCGCUAUUUCAUCCAGCAGAUUCACGGGACAGCCCAUAAUAACUUGUGCUGCAUUCCCCACCCUCUGUAGGCACUUCCUAUCCGUUGAUGUCAAACCAGCGUCCCACACCCUGAUGCAGUAGGAAAGGACACUUUCUAUUGUGGACUGGUAGAAGGAGAUCAUCAGAUGUUGAUUGACAUUGUUCUUCCGCAAGACUCUGAGGAGAUGGAGUCUCUGUUGGGCUUUCUUUCACUGAGAUAAACUCCUAAGAGACUCUCUCCACACAGCGGGGCUAGUUCUCCUCUCUUCCUCCCAAAGUCCAACACCAUCUCCUUUGUCUUGCUGAUAUUAAGGUGCAAGUUGUAUACAGGGACUCUUUCUUUCGCUGCGAUUCAUCUUCUUCAUUACUUUUGCAUCCCGCCUUUUGUCCACGGAGUUCAAGGCGGCUUACGUGACAAUCCCCAUCUUAUUCUCACAACAGCCCCGUGAGGUAGACAGGGCCUAGAGAUUCCAAAAUAAACGUCAAGAAGAACUUUCUGACGGGAAGAGGAAUGGACUCCCAUCAGGAGGUGGUGGGCUGUCCUUCACGGAAGUUUUAUUCUUACUUAUUUUUGGACAAAAUAAUAAUCAUAAAUAAAUAAGAAUAAACAUGUGCACCCCACCACUGAGACCAUUCCAUUGUAACUAUCCAACCUCCCAAAAUUUCAACACCUCUUGUGAUGGUUUGACCCCUUUCUAUUUUAACAGUUCAAAUUCUACAAACAUUCUCCAUAUCCCGCCAAAAUCAUUUCUCCUGUGUAUUCCCAGUCUUACCUUAAAGGCAUAUGUUAAUGUAUCAUUAAUAGCUAUAUCCCACACCUCUUUAGACCAUUCUUUUAUUUUAUAUUCUGCUUGCCCCUUCCACUUCCUAGCUAUCAUAACUCGUGCAGCUGUCAAUAAAUUUGUGAAUAAUAAUAAUAAUAAUUUAUUAUUUAUACCCCGUCCAUCUGGCUGGGUUUCCCCAGCCACUCUGGGCGGCUUCCAACUGAAUAUUAAAAACAAUACAGCGUCAGACAUUUAAAACUUCCCUGAACAGGGAACAGUUGUCUUUUAAAAGUAAAAUAGUUGUUUAUUGUCUUGACAUCUGGUGGGAGGGCGUACCACAGGGCAGGCGCCACCACCGAGAAGGCCCUCUACCUGGUUCCCUGUACCUCACUUCUCGCAGUGAGGGAACUGCCAGAAAGCCCUUGGAGCUGGACCUCAGUGUCCGGGCAGAACAAUGGGGGUGGAGACGCUCCUUCAGGUAUCCUGGACCGAGGCCGUUUAGGGCUUUAAAGGUCAAUACCAGCACUUUGAAUUGUGCUCGGAAACGUACUGGGAGCCAAUGCAGAUCUCUCAGGACUGGUGUUAUGUGGUCUCGGCAGCGGCUCCCAGUCACCAGUCUGGCUUCCGUAUUCUGGAUUAAUUGCAGUUUCUGAGUCACCUUCAAAGGUAGCCCCCCAUAGAGCGCGUUGCAGUAGUCCAAGCAGGAGAUAACCAGAACAUGCACCACCCUGGCGAGACAGUUUGCAGGCAGAUAGGGUCUCAGCCUGCGUACCAGAUGGAGUGGUGGACAGCUGCCCUGGACACAGAAUUGACCUGUGCCUCCAUGGACAGCUGUGAGUCCAGAAUGAUUACCAGGCUGCACACCUGGUCCUUCAGGGGCACAGUUGCCCCAUUCAGGACCAGAGAGUCCUCCACACCAGCCCACCCCCUGUCCCCCAAGAACAGUACUUCUGUAUUGUCAGGAUUCAACCUCAAUCCGUUAGCUGCCAUCCAUCCUCCAAUUCCUUCAUAGCUUGUGAACCUGAAGCACAUGAACGUAAGCAGGUACUCUCUUGGUGUUAAUAAGGAUCAGGCAGACUCAGCAAUGGAGAAUAAGAAGGUGAAGUUUAUUGCCAGGCAAUAAGGACCCAGUUUGGAAUCUCUUCCAAAAGGAACUGGGACCCCGAUUGACAGAAAUCCAGAGGUCUUUAUACCUGAGCAGAUCACAGCAAAUCAUAGAUCAUGAGACAACCAUGAGGCAGUCACGAUAUCGCCAGCGAAAAUUAGCCAAUUAGCAAGCUUCUUGCCAUGCUUCCAGCUCCUGGUCAAGCACAGAGUUCUAGUUCUGCUUUCCGCUGCUUGCAGUGAUGCUCUGUCUAACCUCUCCCCUAGUUAUGACAGGACAGGGAGUAUUGGAGAUUUUGUGGUUUGCUCUUCCUGUUCUGUGGAUUAAUUUAGCCUGUAUCUAAGGGGAUUUUGUACCAGUAUCUCUGAUUCACGUCUUCCCCUUGUCCAGGGUACACGGAUGUUUGUAGGGGAAAGGUCGGCUCCUAAUUUUGCUGUUUCAAGCAGUAUGCAGUUAGCUAAGGCACAGCUUCCCUUUGAUUCAAAAUGGAUUAUAAAAAUACUGUAAGCCCUGAUUAUGUGCGAGCAUAUAUGAAUAUAUUGAUUACUGAUAACUGAUUAUAUGAAUUGCAUAAGGGUAGCCCUUCUUCCUUGCCUCAAGCCUUCCGCCCUGUCGUAAAUUGAUAAUAAUGCCGUCUCUGGACUUUUGGUCCGCUUUAACCCAGUGAUUUCUGUUAUCUCCUUUAACACCCUUUGCCAGAAAAAUUGUACACCCCUACCACAUGUGAACAUAAUUCCCGGUUUCCUGUCAUUGCCUCCAACAUAACGUAAGGUUUUUUAAGCAGAGGUUGGUUGGCCAUUUGUCGGGAUUUCUUUAGCUGUGAUUCUUGCCUUGCGGGGGGUUGGACUAGAGAACCUCUGGAGUCCCUCCUUGUUCUUCCACCUGCAAGUGAAGGCACCUUUAUUCCGACAGGCCUUUGGGAACGGUCUGCUUUGGAAGAAAAGGACCGCCUCUCCUGGUCUGCUCCACAGAGUGUUGGGAUACUGCCAGGGAGACAAAGUCCAUCAUGGCCCCCAAGCCGGCUGCCGGACGAUCCAUCGAUCGCCCGUGGAUACAGUAUCAGCAAUUAGCGACACGAGUUUCCAGAAAUAGCUUGCCACAUUCCAGAGCUCAUGCACACUCUAUCAGCAGAUAAUUCACAGCAGAAGUUGCACGCAGGAGAGCAUUAUUUACAAGUUUUAUUCAGCGUUGAUCAGAACAAAGAAAAACAUGACUGCCUGCAUCAGUGUCUCCAGACACAGAGAGAGAAACGGAAGCAACAGAAAACAUAAACAUCCUGUGAACAGGAAACGUGCAGACUCUGUGACUCACAAAGCCUGCUCCCUUUUAAGGUGGAACGGAAAUAUCCUAACACGGAGGACCUUAAGGUCCUCAAAUGACAACAUUUUGGAGGUCCCAAGUCGCAAGGUGGUUAGAUUGGUCUCAACUAGUGCCAGGGCCUUUUCAGUGCUGGCCCCGAUCUGAUGGAACACUCUGUCACAAGAGACUAGGGCCCUGCGGGACUUGACAUCUUUCCGCAGGGCCUGCAAGACAGAGCUGUUCCGCCUGGCCUUUGGUUUGGACUCAGUCUGACCCUUAUGUUUCCCUCCCCUUAUGGCUUUGAUCUAUGGGUACUUUUAAAAUGAGGCUGCAUUUUAAAUUAUAUUUUAACCUGUAUUUUAAAUUGGUUUCUUUUUCCUAUUAUUUUUUUCCUGUAAUUUUACUGGUGUUAGCCACCCUGAGCCCAGCUCUGGCCGGGGAGGGUGGGGUAUAAAUAAAAUUUACUAUUAUUAUUGUUACUAUUAUUAUUAUUAUGCCGGGCCUUAUUUACCAUCUGUGUUAUGGAUUUUCAAACAUUCUAUCGGAGUUUAAUUUACUUUUUAACAAUGAUCCCUUCUUUGUUUUUAGCUUUUGGUAUUCUCGCUGUGUUGUUUGAAAUGGUGCAGAGUCCUGAUCUGACUUGCACUGGCUGGACGUGGGGAAUCCCCAAGGGAAGGCCCAGGGGAUGAAGGCUCAGAGCCCAGUGGUCAGAGGAAAGGAGGGAGCAGUGUUGGGAGUUUGGUGAGGUUUAGUGAGCAGGAAGAGGCUGUUGCAGAUGUCAGCCCCAAAUCGGAAGCUGCGUGUUGGCAGCCUGUGGAAGAAGACAGGGAGUCUCGCCUCCUGCUGCAACCAGCUUGCCUCUCUCCUGUCUCCCAGAAGCAGUAGAGGUCUGAAGAGGGUGGAGCAAAGAGCGCCAGGACAACUGAGCUGCUGGGGAAGGAACCGGGCCAGGAGCCUUAGAGAGCGGUGGGCAUUCAGUCCUUGCAGUUGCUUUUUGGGGGCAAUAAUAAUAAUAAUUUAUUAUUUGUACCCUGCCCAUCGGGCUGGGGUUCCCCAGCCACUCUGGGCGGCUUCCAGCAAAGAUGAAAAAUACAUUAAAAUGUCACACAUUAAAAACUUCCCUGAACAGGGCUGCCUUCAGAUGUCUUCUAAAUGUCAGGUAGUUGUCUAUCUCUUUGACAUCUGAAGGGAGGGCGGGCACCACUACCAAGAAGGCUCUCUGCCUGGUUCCCUGUAACUUGGCUUCUCGCAAUGAGGGAACCACCAGAAGGCCCUCGGCGCUGGACCUCAGCGUUCGGGCAGAACGAUGGGGGUGGAGAUGCUCCUUUAGGUAUACUGGGCAAGACCUCUUGGGAAGAUUUGCUGAGACCCCCUAGGCCUGAGCUUUUGUUUCCUUGAAUGAAGAGAUCAAAAGUGGGCGGAGGGGGGAAGAUCUCUGGAUGCGACAGACGGAGGCGGGAGCUCUGACGUGUGGGACUCUUUCCACCCCAGGUGCCAGUGACCUUUGGCGACAUCUCUGUCCAUUUUGACGCUCAGGAGUGGGCCAACCUGGACGAGGGGCAGAAGGAGCUGUACAAAGGGGUCAUGAGGAGCAACUACGAGAUGCUGGUUUCGCUGGGUAAGAGCUUCGACCCCCAGGCGGGAUCUGUGCCUCUCUUUCUCUCUUAAAUCUCCCAAACGAUUUACGGCGUCUUUGUGCUGUUCCGUUACGUGUGAUCGCGUUAUCGCUGCCUGUUGCUUGUAAGCCGCUUUGAAGGCCAUUCUAUUUUUCAAUUGUUAUCUUCUUCUUUUUUGAAUUUGCAUUUUAUUUAUUUGCUAACAUUCUUAUAUUACAUUGGUAAACGUUGUCAUACUACAUUACAGGACUUACUAUAAUAUAAUUUCCAACAUGUAUACAAAAAUUAUAUACAAAUUUUAUAUACUUAGAAAUAAAAUGAAACAAAACGAAAGAAAGAACAAAAACAAAAAACAAAAACAAUUUCCCCCCAAAAAAUCAUAUACAUACCAACACACUAGACUUCCUGUCUUUCCCGUUGUAUAUUCCUUUUUUACAAAUGAAUGUACUCUUAUUAUAGUAUAUUUCUUUACAUAUUAUCUAAUACAUUCCUAUAUCAAAAUGUGCUCUUAGUCUUAUUUCUCAACUCAGUCUCACUCCAACGUCAAUCAAAUGCUAUUUUUCAAUUGUUAUUUAUCGAAUUUGUGUACCGUCCUUCGUCCGAAGGUCUCGGUUCACGCUGUGAAAAUGCAGAACGGAACUGCUAAGUAGACAGUAAGAACAAGAACAAAGCAAACCAACAUUUAAAAGGAAGUAGAUGUUUGAAUUAAAAGUGGCGUAGGAAUAUAAUAAAUCAAAUCUGUGCCACACACUUUCAAAUGUUUUGACUUCCAUUUUUUGACUGAGCGCAGCUUGUGUCAUCCAGAACCAACAAAUUGCGGUUUAGAAGAUCACAUAACAUCCCUUCUGUCAUUGUGUGUAUAUUUUAUUCGGAUUUGUUCAUGAGAUCCAUAACUUUUAGUAUAUGCUGAAAGGGCUAAGUUCCUCCAGUGUGCAGGAGUUGUGAUCUUUUCAAUAAUAAAUGAUAUUUUGCUUUGUGAAAAGAAUAUAUCUGUGCCACACCUGCUUUUGGGCAGACUGCAUCUACCGUAUUUUUUGCUCUAUAAGAUGCACCAGACCACAAGACACACCAAGUUUUUGGAGGAGGAAAACAAGAAAAAAAAUAUUCUGAAUCUCAGAAGCCAGAACAGCAAGAGGGAUCGCUGCGCAGUGAAAGCAGCAAUCCCUCUUGCUGUUCUGGCUUCUGGGAUAGCUGCGCAGCCUGCAUUCGCUCCAUAAGAUGCACACACAUUUCUCCUUACUUUUUAGGAGGGAAAAAGUGAGUCUUAUAGAGCAAAAAAUACGGUAUAUUCCAAUUAAUGUUCAUUCUCUUCCGCCCCCCAUCCUCUUCCUCGUACCCCCCUGGCAUUUCUGCCCAUUGUGCAAGCCCCACCAUCCAGUUCUGAAUGAGACUGACCACCUCUCCUUUUCCCGUGGCCAGACUAUGCCAUUUCUAAGCCCAGGAUCCUGUCCCAGAUUGAGCGAGGGGAGGAACCCCGUGUGGAAGACCCAGGAGACUCGGAGGCGGAGGAGCUACCUGUGGAACCAGGUAGGUGGGUGGGGUGAUGAGGGAUCAAGCCCCUUCUCCCUUAAAUGGCCCUCUCCACUUUCCCGGCGGCAAUGUUACUGCUUGGACAUGAAAACACAUGAGCAAGAUGUUGGGCCAGGCAGAAGCUAUGGUCAGGCAAAGAACCACAGACACUGAGAGAUAACAGGACUGCUCAAGGUGCCCCGACUAUAAAAUUGGAGAAAUCGAGAGAUAUAUAGCGGCACCGGCAGCAAAUCUCUUCUUUCUCGUAUCCAAAAAUGCAAGAAGGGCCUUUACACUCGCCAGAAGCUUGGCUCUGCCCUCGCCGGUCCUGGAAGGAGCCUUUAAAAAAGUCCCACAUGCUCAGAGACUUUGCGCCUGUUCAUUGGGGGAGAGAGGAAGCCCAGAGCAGUUGUUCUUUAGAUGUCCCUUUUAGGAAGAGGUACGUAGUGAGACCAUUGAUCCCCUGCUGGUGAGGCUCACUGACCUCCCGGAAAAGCAAAAAUUCGACCUUUUUCUGUUAGGCAAAGCUCAUAAGAUGACCCGGAUGGUCGCCAGAUUCUGUGUACAGAUCUGUAGGCGCAGACCAUCCCCCGAUCCAAACUACCGUAUUUUUCGUUCUAUAAGACGCACAUUUUCCCCUCCAAAAAUUAAGGGGAAAUGUGUGUGCAUCUUAUGGAGCGAAUGCAGGCUCCUUGGCUUCAAGGAUAGUUGCCUGAAGCCUCCGGAGUACAGCGGGAGCGCAGCGGUUUUGAAUCCUUCCUGUCAUUUUGUCCAAUUCUGCAUAGCCCAUUAAUUUCGUCUGCCAUUCUUCUUUCGUCGGAAUUUCUUCUUGCUUCCACUUCUGGGCUAACAAUACUCUUGCUGCUGUUGUUGCAUAUAAGAACAGUUUGACAUCUUGUCUAUUAAUGUCUUGGCCUAUAAUACCAAGUAAAAAUGCUUCUGGUUUUUUUAAGAAUGUAUAUUUCAACAUCUUUUUCAUCUCAUUAUAUAUCAUUUCCCAGAAGUUCUUUACUUUCUUACAUUCCCACCACAUGUGAUAAAAUGUCAGGUCUUGCUUUGGGCUUCACGUUGGGGCAGCUGGUUGGCCACUGUGAUGGCAGGAUGUUUGCCUAGAUGGGUCUGAUCCAGUAAGGAAGACUCAUCAUAUUUUUUUAUGUACAGUGGUACCUCAGUUUACGAACUUAAUCCGUUCCGGAAGUCUGUUCUUAAACGAAACCGUUCUUAAACCGAGGCGCGCUUUCCCUAACGAGGCCUCCCACCGCCGGUGCCCUUCCACUGUUUGCCUUCCGUUCUUAAACCGAGGAAAAGUUCGCACGCCGGGACACUACUUCCGGUUUUGCAGAGUUCACAAACCAAAUAGUUCGUAAACAAGGCUGUUCUUAAACUGAGGUAUCACUGUACUGCCGUUAAGGAAUCUCAGAAUUGGGACGUGGCACACGAGGAAAAGGGAAUGGUCUGGAGGAGGAAAAAAGCAAGCACAGACACAAGUCCCAGCCGCUCUGAGUGGCGGUUCUGGUUGUCUUGCCCUCCUGAGCCUGUCUGCGCAGGGAUGCUCUUGGGCAUGGGAGAUGUGCUAAGUGAAGAGCAAGAGGUCAUGCGUGGCCUCAUUCCCCCUGGGCUCAUCCAAAUUCUUGUUACACUGCCGUUUCUACGGGGAUAUACGCUCGGUAUUUAUCACUCCUGUUAUACAGAAAUCUCCAAAUGGGUCCGAACUUCAAUGUCUAAAACUCCUGGUAGAGGACAAGGAUCUGGAGAUUACGCUAAGGGUGGCCAAAUUCUGUGCGACUGCCAUAAAACGUAGGGAACAAGCUGUACUACCAAAAUGAUUAAGGUUUUAAAUGAUAAUUUUAGGUUAUAUUUUAGUGUUCAACAUUUAAUAUAUAUAUAUAUAUUUUAACUACCGCUAAAUCUGAAUUGUCUCUGUUAUAACCAGUUGCAAUUCAAUGUAUCCCUGUUGUGUUUUAUGAUUUUCCUGAUAGUGUAAGUGACCCGGACGACUGGUCUGUGACCGUAAUAAUAAAAUUCAUUCAUUUCCUGGGCUCAGGAUCCCCGAUCGCUGCAACGGACGCUUCUUCCUGGGACGGGGAAGAGGUCAAGGAGGAGGUGAGGCCCUUUGAUGACCCAGAAGAGAGUCAAGAAAUGAACCUCGCCAUCGAUCCCGACUUGGGUGAGUCCUCUCUAUAGAAAGAUCUUUCCUCUGAAAACAUUUUAUUUUAAAAAUCCAAUUUGGAUCUAAAAAAAUCCAAUUAUUUUUUAUUUUUUAAAUCAUUGAUUUUUAUCCACACUGCUUCUUAGCAGCACUUGGGGUCAGAAGUUCCCCAAAUGCCAUAGCAAAAAAAAGGGGGUGGGGUUUGAGGUUUGAUUCCCAGAAAAAAUCAUUUGGAGUAUACAGAAAUUUCCUCUUUAUUUCCCAAAGAACUCCAGAUUGUUCAAGACGAGACGGGGCCGCAGAUUAAGGAAGAGCAGGAGGAAAUCCACAUCAAGGAAGAGCCUGCGUCUCCCAUGAGCCCUGGCAGCGGUGAGUGUUGAGGCCCCUUGGGCACAGAACCAGGAGCCCUUCUUGGAUCUGGGCCUCGGGAUGAGCACCAAGAACAGGCCAGCAGUGCCGUUGACCGUUCUCCGGGUUGGUGAAGCUUGUUUGACGACAAUGAGAAAACAGAGCCUUGAGCGUCGCCGGCCUGGUCCUGCGGAACUCCCUGCCACUAGAGAUUCAGCAGGCGCCUUCUGUGCCCAAUUUUUAAAUGCCUACCGUACUCUGCCAGUCCUAGGCAGGCAGUAAAGAACACCUCCUUCCACCGCGGUUAAUUGGGCUCCGCUUUUAAAUGGUCUUAUGCAGGGGUCAGCAGACUUUUUCAGCAGGGGGCCAGUCCACUGUCCCUCAGACCUUGUGGGGGGCCAGACUAUAUUUUGGGGAAAAAAUGAACGAAUUCCUAUGCCCCACAAAUAACCCAGAGGUGCAUUUUAAAUAAACGGACACAUUCUACUCAUGUAAAAAACAUGCUGAUUCCUGGACUGUCUGUGGGCCGGAUUUACAGUAGAAGGCGAUUGGGCCGGAUCUGGCCCCCGGGCCUUAGUUUGCCUACCCAUGAUCUUAUGCUUUUGUUUCCGUAAGCCGCUUUGAAAUAUAUUUUUAAUGAUGCAGCAAUAUACAUAUUUUAAAGUGAUUUGAUAAACAAAAAAGCAUCUCCGUGUGCGAUGACAUUUGUCCGCAGCCUCUGCUGUCGUUGGACUUUUUCUGCAUGUCGGCCUUUUCCCGUCAUGUAAAGGUAAAAUGACGGUUGGGUUCUUGGGGGGGGGGGGCAGCAGUAAAAGAUUGCUGGGGAAUGAUGACCAGUUUCGGUCUCCUCUCUCUCAUCCACAGGGCCCCUUGUUCCUGCCUGGAUUAAACAGGAGGAGGAGGAGGAAGAAGAAGAGGAAGAGGAAGAAGAACAGCCCAUUGAGGAUCAGCAGGUCUUGGUUCCAGCAGGUGAGGGCUGACUUGGGAAGAAUCAUAAAAUCAUAGAAUCCGUUGAGUCAUCUAGUCCAACCCCCUGCAAAGAGGAGGAAGGCCUUUUAGUUUUUGGCAUAGAAUAGAGCUGCUGGGUAGAUGUUGUGGCUACCUAAAGAUCCAUAGCAUUCUUCAGGCAGACCCACAUCUAGGCCGAACUGCAAGAUCUUUACUCAAUCUUUCGAUGUAGCGGCACCUAAACUGUGGAACUCCUUGCUUAUUGAUAUCAGCCUUCAUUAUAUACUCUUUUCAGUACCUGCUAAAAACUUUCUUGCUUAGGAAAGCUUUCCCAGAUGUUUAGAAAGUGCCUUCUAGUUUUAAUCUGUUUUUAGUCUUAAAGUGGACGCUCGGGUUGCGAAUGUGAUCCGUGUGGGAGGCACGUUCGCAACCCGCACCGUCGCACCUGUGCAUGCACAGGUCGCGAUUUGGCGCUUCUGCACAUGUGCAAAGUGUGAUUUAGUGCUUCUGCGCAUGCACAAUUGCUGAAACCCAGAAGUAACCUGUUCCGGUAUUUCUGGGUUUGGCAUGGUGCACAACCCGAAAUCGCGCAACCCGAAGCGUCUGUAAUCCAAGGUAUGACUGUAUUCUUAUUUUAACUUUUCAAAAGUAAAAACUUUUUUUAUAUAAAAAAUAUUUGGUUUUUCAAAUAAUUUUUUUACAGGGAAUAUAUCACACAUAAAUAAUAAAAAUAAGAUUCCAAGGAAUCUCCUGGACUUCCAUCCUCCCUUUUGUGGCUCCUAUUAUUAUUAAUCCUUUCCUCCCACAUCUUUUGUGAUAAUCCAAAACCUUUACCUCUUCCAUUCAAAAGUUGAAACUUCAAAGGGGUCUGCAAAAAGAAUAAGUCAGUAAGAUUAUUAGCAAAAACAAAUUAAAACAUUCGAGGAAGUUCCGGGCUCAAUCCCCAGUCGCAUCUGUCGGCAAGGUGGGGGGGAACCCUGGAGAGCUGCUGUCAGUCAGUGUAGGCAAUACAGAGCUACAUGGAGCAACACUCUGACUCCUUUGUUCAAUCAGCCCUUGAUUUAGAACAUUGAGGACUAGAAUCUUGCUUUAUUUUUAGGGGAGCACAGCAGUAGAGCCUCUGCUUGGCAUGCAGGAGGUCCCAGAUUCGGCCCCCAGUGACCUCUCUAGAUAGGGCUGGGAAUGUCCUCAUCUGAAAUCCCCAACGGCUGCCUGCCAGUGUAGACAAUACUGAGCAGGAUGGACCCAACGAUCUAACAGCUUCCUGUGAGCCUCAGGAGACUUUUCCUUGCCCCUACCCAGCCCCCUUUUCCUAAAGAUGGUUUGCUUUUUGCCCCAGCUGGACUCAGGACGCUGUGCAGGGCCGCAGAAGAGGAGGAGGAAACUGACAAGAAGUCGGCCACCCAACCCAGCGCGACGGAGGACCCCGAGCAGAAAGCGGUCGAAGGCAACCUCUUCCAGUGCGAGAUGUGUGCCGCGGACGGCUCGCCGCGGACGGCCUCCGCCGACCACCCCUACAGCCGCAAGCGGAAGUUCCAGUGCACGGGCUGCAACCGCAGCUUUGCGUUCCAGGGCCAGCUCUCGCAGCACCUUCUGACGCAUGCGCCCGGCGCCCAGUUCCCAUGCGCCCAGUGCAACCUGUGCUUCUCCAGCCAGAAGUCGCUGGCCGUCCACGAGCGCGUCCACUCGGCCGACUGGGCCCUGCCCUGCUCCGUCUGCAGCAAGGCCGGUCCGCCCGCCUUUGACCAGAACCAGCAGUCUCCCGCACCUGGCCGGCCCGCCCCCUGCCUGGAGUGCAGCGUCUACUUCACUGACCCGGCCGCCCUGGCCGCCCACCGGCGGAUGCACUCGGACGACUGGCCUUUCCGCUGCCCGCAGUGCGACCGGACUUUCGUGCACCAGGGGCUGUUGCUGGAACACCUGGAAAACCACAGCCGCAUGCAAAGCCGGCGCUGCCACACCUGCGGGUCGUGGCUGUCCUACAAAGGGACCCUGAUGCCCAGCGGAGCCCGCCUGUUCCACUGCAAGAGGUGCAACACCGCCGGACGAGUCCCAGGGGACUUGAGGGCCUGA